AUGGAUCCUUGGGUGAAGGACGUGAUGAAGAACGACGGAGAAGGUUUCCACAUUUCUGUGGAUGGGACGUUCAAGACUUCUCCGACUCAUUGGGCCCAGCAAUUCACGGUCAUGGUCCGCUUUGACUGUGGUCGCAUGUUUCUUCUAUUCUACGCUAUUCUCCCGAGAAAGAAUGGAAAUACCUACGAGCGAUUUUUUGCGGCGAUAGAGGGAUCGCUGACUCAGGAUGUGGGGAGCUGCAUGAUGGAUUUUGAAUACGCUGUGAGAAAAGCUUUCGAAGGCGUAUUCGGGAAAGGAAAGGUUGUUCUUUGCUACUUCCACUUCUGCCAGAACAUAAGGCGGAAGUUCGAGAGCCUUAUACGGAAGCCGGUUGCUUCUAAGGAGCAGCAGGCUCUGCGAGAAGAGGUUUACUACGACAUAUUGGCGCUCCCCUUUCUUCCGCUUGAUCUCGUGGACUUGGGAAUGGAUUUCAUCUGCGACAAACUCUCGGGAGACGACCGUCGUUUUCUUCUGAAGUACCUCCGCCCUUACUACGGCAUGAAAGGCAUUCAUCCAGCAAGAUUGUGGAACUUGCGUUUGCGCGUUGAGCAAGAACUACCGCGGACGAAUAAUGGCCAGGAGGGAUUCCACAACCAUUGGAACGGUCAUUUUCCGGGAUCAAGCCAUCCUACAAUCUGGUCAUGGAUAAGCGUGGUUCAUGAUCUCAUGAAGGAGACGAGGGCCGAAUUACUUAUGAUGCGAGAGGGGGAAAUCUGGCCUCGUGAAGCUCGAUACCUCGAGAAUGACGCGAUACUGCGCAGAGUUUGUCGCUUCAGAGUAGAUUCGGCGAGCCUCGGGAGCUGGUUCGAUAAAGUAAGGGCUUCCAUCAGGAGGAUCGUGAAGGAUAUGCGUCGCGAAGUUGACGAGGCGGAGUCUCUAGAGUUCCCUACUAUUGAGCCUGCUACUGAUGCGAAGCGCAAGGCAGACUUUGGUCCCAAUUAUUCGGGAGUGAAUCAGCGAAAGCGCCUCGCAGCUGUGACUCUCAACGAUGCGGUCGAAUUCUCGCAGGAUUCGGAAUCUUCUGAGCCUCCAAAUAACGACACUGUGGUGCUCGGGGUACCCGAGGGUUCCAGCUUGGAUGAUGGCUUACUUCGCAUGUUCAAUGAGGUGGCAGCUGCUUUCGCGGGCAACACCUUAGUCGAAAAUUCCUUAAUGGAGGCUCCUCCGAUGCCAGCUCAGGCUGAGGCGGGAUCUCAGGGUAUCGCAGUUCAACCACCUUCCCAGGAGAAGUCGGGCUCAGACGGAACUGACCGUAAGAGCGAUAAAGGACGGAACUCCUUCCCAACUUGGCGUAUUUUUCCGGGGAGAGAAGUGGGUACGACCUUGCUCUUGACGACCCAGGAUCGAGAGAAUUUGGUUGUCGAGGACUCGAGCAUUUCCGACCAGGUGAUAGAGGCUUGGAUGACCCGUAUCGAACACAAGUUCAAGAGGAAGGUUAAUCGAGCUCAGGCAGUAUGGCUAUCGGGCUAUGGGUUUCCCCUGUGCCUGACAAUGAUUUGGUUGUCUUGCAGCCAAUAUCUGACGGCGGUUGUCACUUUACCUGCACGUUCAUACGGAGAGCAGGCUAAGGUCUCGGAUUACAUGAAGGUACGGCUGAGGCAGCUCUACGGAUCUGGUGCUAAGGCGGUCUCUCCUCUUUCCGAGAAUACGAGGCAGGACCCCGCCUGA